AACACGCUGAAGUGAGCCGUAGUUUUGCAGGGAGCUUGCCGAAUGCUUAUCACGCCACAUGUAUUCUCCUAGAGCAGGAUUUUGGGUUUGAAGUGAACCGACUUGUGAUUUUUACGCGUAGCGCACAAGGCAGUGCAGUUUAGUGUGGAGAGAGGAAGAGGAAAAUGCUUCAGCGGAUCAACUCAACAUGAGUCGCCCUCCACUCUGUUUUCCUCCUUCACUCGCGGGAAGCGUACACCUGACGCAUCUCUCUCUCGCCCUGUGGAAGUGAUCUUGCUUCUUCAAACCGGGUUAUUUUCAAGACAGCAAAUCGAGAGUGUAUGGACCCAGGUGAUGAUCCAUGAGGAUGCUCGCUGCAGGCUCGCUUUGAGCUAAAAACCCUCCAUCGUAGGACUUGUGAAUGAAGAGGAAGCGGCUGCUCUGCCUCUGGACGCUGAGACCAUGGUGAAAGCUCAGGCUGUGAAAUGUGGAAAGCCCCGGAAAGAGAAGGAAAGCAAGGAGAAAGGCGUCAGCUUGAAAAAAGGGAAAGACAGAAAGAAUGAGUUGAGCGAUAGAAAAAAGAAGCAUAAGAAAGAGCCACAUCGACAUAGGAAGAAGAAGACACUGGCAGUCAGUGACAAGGAUGCACUGGACUGCUGCGUCCUGCUCACCCGUCUGGAGGAGAAAGGGGUUGUGGGUAAAGUAAAGGAUGCACCAAAAGAUGGAAAACAAAAGAGGGUAAAAGUAAAGAAAAAGCUGCAUUCCAGCUCCAGUCAAAGAAGGACCAAAUCUGGAUUAAAGAAAACGUCCACAGCCGAUCAGCAAGCACUGGAACCAAAAAUCGACCAAUCUGACGCCUUACCCAUGUUUCCCGCCCCCUUCUUCGAGCCUCGACAGCGGAGAAUGGCGUCUCUCAAUGCUGAGGCUGUCAACAGCUUGCUGCUCUACAGAAACAACUCUCAUGCGUCAAAUCUCACAAAGAAACGACAGCCUUCUAAUGAAGAUAAAGCUAAAGAUAGUCUUGCUAAAACUGAACAUAAAGGUCUUAAAACCAAAAAGGUUUCCCCAGGAGGGAAAGCAGACCCUAAAGAGAGACCUAAAAAACAGAGGCGGUCAAAGGUGGAGGCUCAGAACAUCGACUGGUUGGCUUUGUUUGCGCCAACGCCUCGGCGUCAGGCGGGCCUCACUGCUGCAACGCUGCUCAAACUCACCAGUUCCACGUAUGGAACCAAACGGCAGAAGAAGACAGAGUCCAAGCCAGUGAGUGGGAGCCAAGCAGCAGCUACGACUCAGGAUGAUAUAAGUAAACCAGUGUGUGGAGAAACAACACUGACCAAAAGAACAACAAAUCCCAAACAUGUGGACCAACCAAAGCACAUAAAACAGGGUACAGAGGAUCCGGUGCAUUCCCAGCCAGACUCGCAGGGCUGCUGUAGUUUGUGUAAAAUCGCAGAUCCAGAGUGGAAGGGCAGCACAGGAGGACGGGAGUGUCUUAAACAUGAGCUCCAGCGUGGCUCUUUGGGAUUCUCCGUGAAAACAAUCAAAGAGGAACAGGUGGAGUCUGAGGUGUCUUCAUGCUACUGCUGCUCCCAGGAGAGGUGUGUGGAGUACUGCCACCGACUGGCCCUCUUCCUGGACGACAAGACCUUCAAGGAACCAGAGGACGGCUCGCUAUCAGAGGUGUUCCACCACCACCAUCACCACCACCAUCAUCACCACCACCAUCUUCAGUCUCCUCACACUGUAACCCACCCAGCGCCCAUAACCAUCAGCCCGCACACGUACACCUGCUUCCCCAGCUACUACGUCCACUUCAGCCAUCAGGACUCCUCACAGUCUCCCAUAUCGCCCCCGGCUUUGUGCUCCAAGAGCGACAAGAGGCCCAAGCUGCUCCCCAGCAAGGGUCCACAGCCCUCAGGGAUCACCCACCCAGUGUACUGCUGCUCCUCGGUGGAGGCGUGUUACGGAGAGCCCUGCAGGCUCAACCGCUACUCCACCUACACCAAUGUGACUCCAGCCAUCGCCAGAGGAGUGUGCUCCGUAAGCCCUGCAGACUGCACCAAAUGUAACAACGGCAUCAAAAAAGACGACUAUCCGUCUACCCUCAACGACCAUCAGAGUCCCUCCUCCAUCCCCAUCUGUCCCAGCCCCAGAACCCUCACUGGCUGCCCCUUUCCCACUGUGCCUGCGGCCGGCCAAUCAGUGCCCCACGUUCAUUCUCCGUUGUCCGACCCCAGCCAACCGCAGCCUCCUUCGAAGGUGGCGAAGGAGAGUCAGCAGAGCGCCAAGUCGCCCAGCGGGUCGAGGUCUGGCGGCAGUGACGGCCUCAGCUCGGCUGUCUGCCUCCUCAACAGGGACAAGAAGCAGAAGCUCCGCGCUGCCAGUGUUGGAGGGCGAGCGGUUGCCAGGCAGCAGAAGAACGGCCGCCAAAAAUCCACCAACGGCUGGCAGCCAGUCGGCCUGCCCUUUCAGAGGGAGGUUUUCUCUGUGGGAGAGGAGGCGCUGGUGCCCAGGAAGUGCUUCGAGGGGGUCCAGAGGGACGGGGAGCUCAUUCGGGUCAGAGACACUGUUCUGCUGAAAUCUGGACCUAGAAAGAAGUCUCUGCCUUUCGUGGCCAAGAUCUCAGCUCUGUGGGAGGAGCCAGAGUCAGGAGAGCUGAUGAUGAGUUUGUUUUGGUACUACCGUCCAGAACACACACAGGGGGGACGCAACCCAAGUGUUCAUUGUGAGAAUGAAAUCUUUGCGUCCCGUCACCAGGAUGUGAACAGUGUGGCCUGUAUUGAAGACAAAUGCUAUGUCCUUACAUUGGCACAGUAUUGUCGAUUUUGUGCCUUGGUAAAACGCCAUAGGGAUGGUGUGCGCGACUGUGCCGCCUCCCUGGUGGUGCCACCCGUUGUUGGCAGCGCCAUGCCCCCCCACCACUGUGUGCCCCAGGACGUCGACCCAGAGCUGGUGUUUUUCUGUCGACACGUCUACGACUUCCGCUACGGACGUCUCCUCAAGAACCUGCAGUAGCAUCUGACGGGUCAUGACACAUAACGCUACGGGACGUGAGAUAAUGUUCUGCAUCCUCCACAAAAUUGAUUAGCCACUCACCUACCUGCUGCCUGUGUGACGGGAACUGGAAGUUUAGGGAUGAAGGAUUGAGACAUGAGCUUUUUUUGUUUUGAAAUAACAUACCACGCAUUUAUUUAGUAAGAGUAAUGGCUUGACAUAUUGUAUGAGAGUUUAUAUGGCAGUGUAAUGGUAUUUCUCUUUCAUGGCUCUGUGGUGUCGUAGCGGCUGUGUGAACAACCUGCGGCGUACUCUGCUGUAGAAAAUGCCACUGUAGCUCUAGAAAAUGUGACAUUUCAUAGUAAUAAAGAGAGGUUGAUGUUACAUGUGAAUAUUUUACUGUCUGCCUGACAGAUAUCAGACUAAUGUGUCUGGAUGAUACGCCAUAUCUAAAGAAAAUAUAAGUAAAAGUAUAUUGAUAUCAAGCUGCAUCAGUCCUUUGGAAGUAGGAAAGAGGUUUCAGUGGCUGGAGAUUUAGUCAGACGUCUUACAGGAAAGCUACCAAGUGAGGUUUUCAAGUUUCUUUCUAAGGAAAAGUUUUUGUUGGAUGAGAUGAUCAAUGCCACUCUUAUGUCAGUAUGGUAAAAAUAACCGUACUGCCAGCAUCAGUUAGCUUUGCAUACAGACUGAAAAUGGGCCAAUAAACCGAGCCUUGCUAGCUGUUUCCCCCUCUUUUCACUCUUUGUGCUAAGCUAACUGGCUGCUGCAUCCAGCUACAUAUCUACAAGACAAACAUCGAUAUCAAUAGUAUCGUUAGUUAGCUUAAUACAUUUUACAGUUAUUUAAUUUAAAGUAAUAAUCUCAAAGAUGAUCAUUUAAAUGAUAUGUCACUAUUGCCUAAUAAGGUAACACAAUUGUGUUUAACCAUACUGCCCACUGACGAAAGCCCUUACCCUAUCAACAUCUCUGCUAAAAACCAUAAGCAGUGAUACCCCAAAAACCCACCCACGACUACCGCCUUUUUCCACCCUAGAAACCAAAAUAGAGAUCUUUGAGAUUGUUAUUUGCCAUUUAUAUUUACAUGUAAUGGUGAUGGACUUUCACCACAGCUGUGAAGAUUCUUUCUUUUUUUUUAUCAGGAAGUUUUUAAAUUACUCAAAAUGUACUUUAUUACCACUGACUAAGUGCAUGCACAGCAACAAUGAAAUGUGGACGUUUUUUCGCUCCACCUGUCAUGAUUUUCCCAGAAAAGUAUAGGUUUUAUGACAUAAUUGUAACCCUGCAAUUCACCAGAGUGGUGGUUAUCACAAUAUCACAGUUCAGACAUGCACUCUAGGAGCAAAGCACACUUCAGUUUGUUUGACAGCGUCCAAUGAGCCAAGCAUUGAAGGGAUUUUUGUUAUGCCAAUGCUGAGGAAUAUUUGACUUUCUCAAAGCUGCUUGCCAGAGGUGUGACAUGACUCCGGUGAAAGCUAACUGUAUAUUUGCAUUUAUAUAUCUGGAUGAGUGUGUGUUCGUGGCAGAUGGCAUCAGUUAGUCACUUAUAUUCUUGUUUCUUCACCGAUGAGAUGGUGAGUAAUGUAUUCAGUGUAGCAUUUAGACCUGUGAUGAUGAUCCAUUCCUAUGUUUGAGAGACAAAUAUGUAUUUAUUUCUGUACUGAGAAAAUAUAAUUUAUUUUCAAAAGAUAAUUUUAAAGAAUAUACUGUUAGAUGAGUGGCUUUCAUUCCUGAUUAGAGAGAAUGUCUCCCCUUCUUAGCUGCACUGUCAAAGAUAAAAGUUAGUGAGUUAUUUUGCUAUAGUACUUCUGUGACUGAUUGAGCUUGCUUGCCCAAUACAAGCCUAUUACAUGUUGUGUUGAGAUGUUGAAGGCCUCUGAGGACAUAUAAAGAAGGAUCUUAGAUACAGUUUGAAGGACACCUGCUAACAUAUGACUAAAGAUGCUUAACCUGCAGGACCAAAACGCACCUUGGCCUCUCCCAGCUUCCUGUCGUUCUCCUGUCACUCCUCCUCAGAUGAUAAAGCUUUGCCUCUUCACCUUUAAAUGCUGAAUGCUGCAAUGAUUUAAACCUACCUUGCCAUUAGCCUGUGCCCUUGAUCUUGCUGCCUUAUAGAACAUUCCCAGCCUUUCAUUUAGAAAUGUGUACUGAUGUCAGCCGGAGGGUCAUGAAGCUACUUGGUGUGCUGAUCCAGAUUCCUCCACCGUCAGAUUCUUGUGAUCUGGCAUCAACACUUUUGUUUUGACAAGUCUGCCCAAGUUUUGAUUUAUAUUCAAAGAGAUCUGUUAAAGGAGCAGUUCAAUAUUUUUGGAAAUUCACUUGAUUCCUUUCUUGUAAAGAGUUAAAUGAGAAGAACAAUACCACAGUCUUAGCUGUGUGCUAAGUAUGAAGCUGCAGCCAGCACUCAAUUAGCCUAGCUUAGCAUUAAGCCUGCAGGUGGAAACAUAUCAGUUGGCUCUGUUGGUAUAGGUAACAAAACCAUGUAUCAGUAUCUCUAAACCUGUUGCCUGUAAAAAUCCAAUCUUAAGCUUACUGUCUGUUGGCUGUAGUUUUAUUUGUAGCGUACAGACAUGAUUGUAGUUUGGAUUUUAUAUUUAUCUCAACAAAAAAGAACAUUUAUUUCCAAAAUGACUGAAUUUGUAGUUUUUCUUGAAGAACAGCAGCUGACAUUUUAAUUUCAUCAGCUGCAAAUUAAUUUCAUAACAAGAUUUCAUGGUGGAAUAAAAAGUAUCAAAAUGCCCACAGAAACUUUUCUAAUCUACUUCUUCAUCAUAAUCCACCUCACAGCUGUCCCUUCUGUUAGCCCAUUGUGUUUCAAACAAAAGACACAACUUCCUGGCAGAGCUUCAAGCUGUGAGGAAAUGGAUAAUGCAGCAGGAGUGUUUGAGACGUUUUAAGUCUCUGAUUUGAAGCUUAUUGGCAUUUGAAUCCUUUGUAUGAACAAAAGUGCUGCUCUACAUGAACUUCAAACAAUGUACAGCCCCCUUUAAAAGCCUGAGGGGUCUAUGAAUUGAGACAUCUUGGGCUACUUCUGCUUUACUCCCUGCUGUUCAAUGUGAUGAGGAGAUUACUUUGGUGUGUUAAUUUACAAAAGCUGAAUUUAUUUAUAAAUGGAUUUAAUAUUUGACUUUCAAAUAAGCCUCCUCUGAUUAAUAUGUUAGUAUUUGUUCAUUCAUUAGGCUGUAAUGAAAAGCAUAGUUCCUGCCAUUUCAAUCAAACCAAAGGUUAUUGGUCUGUACCAAACUACAGUCACCGUUUCUCAACUGAGACAUUGUAUUGUAUUUUGAAAGAUGCUGGAUGUACAGUAUCCCAGCCCACACAGCACAAUCCAACAAAGCAGAACUGGGUAUAGCCUACUAAAUUUGGUUUUUCAAUUUCAAUUCCCCCGGGGCGUUCUGGAUUAGAGUGCGAGACCACACACACAGUACACAUUAUGGCCUUAGGAAUCACUCAGCAAACAAAUUCUGUUUAAUCAAGUUUUGUGAAAUGUAUGUCUUAAUUGGUCCUCUGUGCCUGUUCCCAUUAACCUGUAUUUACUCUGUUUUCCACGAUGAGAAGUACUAGCUGUUGUUUUUUACCUACCUUCCAAAUGCCUUUCAUUUUUUGCAAAAUGACACUGGUCUGAUCUUGAAUCACCGCAAAGAAAUGUUUGCACCAAAAAGAGAGAGAGAAGGGAAGGUACCGAAACUAAUUUAAGGAAUUUAGUUUCAUUCACAGGUGUUCAAAAAACCUGACGUUUGGGUCUUCUGAUGUGAGUUUCUGUUCAUAUUCUUUGCAUGGCGUUUUUUUUUGUAUAUCUUGGAAAUAUUAAUCGCAGCACAGAUUAUUUGUAUGGUUUCAAAUGGACCUCUGUAAUAUAAGAAAAAUAUUUAAUUGUAAUAAAUAAUAUAUGAGUUUGAA